AUGGCGCCAAUCGCAACUGAAGACCCUGUCUCCCACGUGUCCCCUAGCCAAGUCCUGGUCAAACCAUGGAACCGACCAGCCGAGACAAAGGAGAACCUUGAAUGGGCUCCAUUGACCAAGAUUGAUCUUUCUCGCUUCGAUGAGCCAGGCGGCAAGCAGGAACUUGCCAAGCAGCUCUAUGACGCUGUCACCAGAGUCGGUUUCUGGACCGUCGUAAAUUCGGGCAUCGACGACGAGCGUGUUCUCCGCCAGUUCAGCAUUGGCAACACCUUCUUCAAGCAGCCCCUCGAAGAGAAGCGUCGCUACCCUUGCAACUUUGCUGAGGGUGAGUACUUCGGGUACCGUGAGAACUCGCGAUGGGUCGGCGACACCGGCGUCAAGGAAAACAUUGAAAUGCUCAAUAUCCCCAAGGCUAUCCCGUCUUUGGCUCAUGUCGGCAAGCACGACAUCGUCAAGGAGCACUAUGACGAGAUCGCCGCCUUUCACCGCGACCUAUGGGAGAAGGUCAUCCGCAAACUGUUCGUCCUGAUCUCCAUCAUCCUGGAACUGCCAGAGGACUUCCUGGCCAACGCCCACGACUACGACCAAGACUCCGACGACCAUCUCAGAUAUAUGAUCUACAACGUCCGCAGCCAGGACGAGUGGGACCGCGCCCAAGCAUACUCCAAGGGCGGGCACACCGACUUCGGCAGCUUGACCCUGCUCUUCUCGCAGCACGUGGCUGGCCUACAAAUCCGCACUCCAGAGGGAGAGUGGAAGUGGGUGAAGCCCGUCGAUGGCGGUAUCACCUGCAACGCCGCUGACACUCUGAGCUUCCUGACAAAUGGAUUCAUCAAGUCGACGGUCCACCGGGUCGUCACCCCACCAAAGGACCAAAUUAACGUUGCUCGUUUGGGCCUGCUGUACUUCAGCCGACCUGGAGCGAUUACGCCCAUGAAGACUGUCCCGUCACCACUUCUGGACCGCCUAGGUCUUCUCACUGAGGAAGACAAGGAUCCUAACAGAGUCGUGCCCACCGGAACGGAAUAUGUUCGAGCCCGUGUCAAGGAUGUUCACCACAAGACUGUGAUUGAUAAACGUGAGGGAACGGCUUUCGAGUUCAAGGGACUCAAAGUGCAGAAUUACUAUGCAUAG